UCGUUCGUCUAAACACAAUCCACAAUGGCACCAUUUGUAGUAAUAACAAAAUAUCAGAGGCAAAAUCGUCAGAAACACAAUUGUAUCCCCCAAGUCGUCUCCGAGUCUCAUUAACUUUCCGAUUAGCAAAAACACACCAAAAAGCUUCGUCCUUGUGCGCUCUCUCUUUCUACGACAUCAAAUGGUAAUAUUCCACAUUUGUCCCCAACCGACCCCAAAUCUCUCUUUGGCUCUCCUGUAAUUGUUUGCAUCUUCGAUCCCAACCUCAUCCACCCGCCUCCAACCUAACGGUAGGUUUUCUCCGAUUCCGGCCACUGGCACUGUAACUUCUCCGGUUAGGUUUUGUCGCCGUUCUUUCAGGCUCAAACUUAGGGUUUUCCAUUGUAGAAAGUAUUGAGUUUCUCUCUCGAAUUUAGGGUUUCAUUAUUCGAUACGUGCACUAUAUCACUCGGCUGGAGAAAUUAGGGUUUUCGAUUUUUUGUAUUUUGGCGCUCACCUCUUCUUUCGUUGGAUAAUUUAAAAAAUUGAGGGUUCCAUUUUGAAAUUUUUGGAGGAUUCAUUAGGGUUUUUGGAGUGUUUUCGCAGUGAUGCCGAGGAGUUCACGACACAAAUCGAGCAAGCAUAGUUCGAGGGAGGCGCGAGAGUACUCGGACUCCGAGAAGGAUUCAAGCUUGAAGGAUCGGAAGAGCAAGGAAGAUAGUAGUGGUGGAGUUAGGGUUUCGAAGGAUUCGGGCUCCAGUGACAAGCGGAAGCUUGAUUCUAAGGAAGGGAAGGACUUGUACGGUGGUGGCUCAGGAAAUGGGGACUAUUUAGAGGAUUAUAGUUCUUCGUCCAAGCGGCGCAAGGAUAAGCUUGAUGACAGAGCAAGUGAUAGAUGGAAUGGCGGCGAGGAUGAUUACCGAGGCAGCGGAGAGGGCUCGAAGAAGACGUUGAAGGUAUCAAGUGAUUCAAAAAGUAGGCGGAGAGAUGGAAGUGUGGGAAUGUACGAAGAGGGUGAGGAGGUGAAGAAGAGUAGUGGUAGUGGGAAGGGAGAGGGAAGGCAUAAAGACAGGGAUUCAAGCCGAAAGGAGGGUAGGGAGAGUAGUGGGUUGGAGAGGGACAGAGAGAAGGAAAGGGAAAGGGAAAGGGAGAGGGAGAGGGAGAGGGAGAGGGAGAGGGAGAGGGAGAGGGAAAAGAAAGGCAAGGAAGGGAGAAGUGAGAGACUGAUUGGCGGUGAUGAACAUCGUUCGGUGAAGCAAGUCCUUGAAAAUACUGAUUUGGGUGUUCAUGUUGAGUUGGGAAGUCCCGAACCAGAUAACCAGCUUGAAAGACGGAUGAGAAAAAGGAGAGAUGGUUCUGUUGAUGUGGGUAAGCAUCAAGAUGAUACAGGAGAAAUUAGUAGUAGAAGAUUGUCUUCUAGGGAUGAUUCUGCAAAGGAUGGAAAACAGAAAGAUGAGAAACGCAAGGAUGAAAGGUACAAAGAGAAGCAUCGAGAAGAUAUAGAUAGGGAUAAGCACCGAGAGGAGAAGCAAAGAGAUGAGCACUUCUCAAAAGAUUAUCCUAGCGGCAGGUCUGAUGAUAGGCAUUCAAGGGAUGAGAAUGACACUACUGCAGAAAUCCAACAGAAGAAAUCUAAGCUCCUAGAUGGUGAGCGCAAAGGAGAAGGUGACCGUGAUCGUGAUCGAAAUCGUGACUUAGACCUCGUUAGGGAUCGAGAUCGUGACCGUAAUCGCCACCAUGACCGUGAACAUGAACGCGAUCGCGUCCGUGAACGCGACCGUGAUUAUGAUCGUGGUCAUGACCAUGACCAUGACCGUGAUCAUGAUUGGGAUUGGGAUCAUGAACGCGAGCGUGAUGAGGAUCAUGACCGUAAUCGUGAACAUGAUCGAGAGCGUAAUCGAGAUCGAGAUCGUGAUCGCGACCGUGAACAUGAUCAUGAUUUUGAUCGGGACUAUGGCUCUCUUCUUGAUGACCGUGCUGCCAGAUACAAAGAUAGCAGCAGGGGAAAGAGAAGGUCUCCAGAUGGUCAUGAUGAUCUAAAUGAUAGUCAAUCUAGAGCUGUCAAAGCUCGUUAUUCUGAUCUUGAAAAGAAGUCUUUAAGUGGUGAUAGAAUUGAGGCAGAUAUUAGUAAGGGAAGAUCUCAUUCACGACAAGCUUAUGUAGAUACUCCUGUGAGUAGCAACAAAAGGAGAAUGUCCCCAAGCUCUAGUUCCCAUGUUGGUGUAGAUGAGUACAGGCAUCUAAAUCCUGAAGAUUCAAAAUAUAAGGAUUCUAUUACUGAGCAGAGGUCCAAAGCAGUUCCGUCAAGGGAUAUAUCUGGUUUUUCUGGAGCAUCAGAAAGAGGUGCAAAGUACAGGUCAGUAGAGAAACCCAAUAAAAUAGAUGAUGGCCAAAUUGGGGAGCUGUCAAAUGAAAGGUCUUCAAGUUCUAAGGCUUCACCCUUGGGCUUGGUGGAGAGAUCACCUUCAUCUUCAAGCAUUGACCGUAGGUACAUGAAUCGAUCUGGUGUGAGGCGGAGCCUUGAUAUUGAAGAGACAGGACGUAGAAACAGUGCUUCUAUUGACAAUAGAGAUUUCUGUGCUAAUGAAGAUAGACUGAAUCGAGAUUUGCCUUUGGAAAAGCCUUUAGUGGAUGAGUCCUCUCCAGCUGAUUCAUCCUUUUACAUUCGAACUAGUCAGGCCAACUCAUCUUUGGUUUCUCCAAAUCCUGCUUUCAGGGCUGGAGUUGACAGCCCUUCAUUUAUAGGUUCAUUGGAAGAUGAUGGUCGGGUUAACUCCAGUGCGCGAUAUAGGAGGAGUAGUGAUCCCAAUGUGGGAAGAGGCCAUAAUAAUGCUUGGAGGGGUGUUCCAAACUGGACUUCACCAGUACCAAAUGGCUUCAUUCCUUUCCAACAUGGGCCACCUCAUGGAGGUUUCCAAGGAAUGAUGCCACAAUUUCCUGCUCCAUUGUUUGGUGUAAGACCCUCCAUGGAAAUGAAUCACGCCGGGAUGCCUUAUCAUAUCCCUGAUGCUGAGAGGUUUUCUGGUCACUUACGGCCUCUUGGGUGGCAGAAUAUGAUGGAUGGUUCAGGCCCUUCUCACUUGCAUGCAUGGGAUGGAAAUAAUGGUGCCUUUCGGGAUGAGCAUCCUAUGUACGGAGCAUCUGAAUGGGACCAGAGCAGGCACCCAAUGAAUGGUCGAGGAUGGGAAUCCAAUGCUGACAUGUGGAAAGGCCAAAAUGGUGAUGCAAAACGGGAUGUGUCUUCUCCAUCCCAUAAAGAUGACCAUCAAUUGCAGGCUUCGGCGGAUGAAGAGUCUGGGCAGGCUGGUCAGAUGUUUAAUCAUGAAGAUAAUCAUGACAAUGGGGUUAAUGCAAAACUUGCUGAAGUGAGGUCCACUGUGACAUCUCCUGCAGAAGAUUCUAAGCCUAAAGUUAUCCAUGAGAAGACACUUGAUCCUGCUACAUCUCCAACCAAUGAUGUUUCCCGUUUAAGCCGUCAUUAUCUUUCGAAGCUUGACAUUUCAGCAGAACUUGCAAACGGAGAAGUGUAUGAACAGUGUUUGAGCUUACUUGAUAUUGAUCAGAGUACAGCUGUUGAUGAAGAUACUACAGAUUAUAUUAUUUUGGAGGAUGGUUCAGGGGCUGGACUGAAAUCUUCUAAUGCAUUGUUGAUCGCAUCACAUUUUCCUCCUAUAAAGGAUUCUGUGUUUCAGAGGGCAAUGGAUCUUUACAAGAAGCAGAUGGUGGAUGCCAGUGGGAAAGCAUUUGUGACUGGAGGAACACUGGAUUUUAUCUCAGCAUCCAAUCAGGAGAAUGGAGAAGAGCAGGUCCAUUGUGAUGUCCCAGGAGUAGAGGAUCCAAUCCCAACACCAGAUGCAGAAAUGUUGGAUGCUCCAAUUUCAAAUUUAGAUUCAAAAAUUGUAGAAGCAGACGCAGAUCCAUCUUCCGAUGUUGCCGAGGACAAAUCAGCAGAGCGGGUUUCAAGUCCCAGGGAGGAGUUGCAUAUUCACAUUAGCCCUUCUUCGAAGUUGGAACGGCCAAAUCUAGAUAAUAAUCAAGACAACCUAGGUGAACCAGAACCGAUUUCCAGUGGUGUGAAAAUGGAGGUGAUAUCUUCUGAGAAGCAGCCGCAGCAGCAGGUGGAAUCGAAGGAAGCUGAUGUGGAUGGCUUCUCAUCGGUUGAAAUUACUUCACGCACUGUCACCACUACUCAAUCCGCUAUUGGUGAUAAUUUGAAAGGAAUUAGCGAUAAUACCGGUGGCGAUUUUGAAACUGAGGAAGGUGGUGUGGCUUUUGGUGAUGCAACGAAUGGUCCAUUAUGUAUUCCAGAUGGUUCUCCCAAGGGUUGUGAGGCAUUGAUUUCUGGGUCAAAAGAGUCUGAGUCGAUAAUUUUAAGUCGGAUACAUCAUUCUCCUGAAAGUACACAUUGAGACAAUUUCUAUAUCCGUGUUUUACUUAUUGUGUUUUUGGUAAGUUUAUUUGCUCCAUAUUCUGUUGCCCCUCCCGUUCAGAAAGGAAAUAAAAUUAGAAUAUGCUCUUUGCUUCC